AUGCCUGAGCCGAGACCUCUACCAUCCGGACCGAGCUCAGCUGCAGCCCAAUGGCUGGCGGCAGCGGAGGCGCGCCAACCUCUCUCCAGCCACCCUCUUGGCGCCGGGUUGAUCGGCGAGACGAGCUUCGACGACGAAGAGGUCGACGUCGACGUAAGCCGGUUUGGCAGGGCUCAACUGUCGAGCCGACCAGGCAGCAGAGCUCGAGCUGGCAGCCAGCAGGAGACGGUGGCGACGCUGACUGGUGACGGUCGGCCUGGCAGCGGAGCCAGUCAGUUUCUGGGUCUGCUUGACGUCUGUUCGGUGGAGCGCGAAUUUGUGCUGCACGACCGACUGUUGGUGCAACACCAGUACGGAGCUGCUGUGCCGUGCUCCUGCGCCAAGGUCUUCCGCUCUGCUGUGCCCGGCAGACAAUUGGCUUGGCGCUUUUUAGCCAUCCGUCUGCCGCAAGAUCCGUUUUUCCAGGUGACACUUUGCCCAUAA